AUGUCAAGUAGCGCUCCCGCCGGAAGGCCGUCCGCGCCAGGCUCGACGGUAAAUGGGCACUCGACUGUCCGCCGUCCCUCGGGCUCGUCUUCCACUACAACCAGCCUGAGUCCCUCGUCGAAUACCAAGCCCAUUCCAAUUUCACGGGGAACAAAAAGAAUAUACCCUUCUACAAAUACAAGGAAUGGCAGAAAUCCGGGUCACAACCUCCGCAGAGCAGCCACCGCGGGCGAUCAGAUCCCACAGCUAUCAGAAAGAGACAGUGUCUUUGCUGAACACUAUGUCUCCCCCCCAAGCGACCCUUCCACUUCCUUAGACGCUGCAAGGACGCCUCCUGCCUCGAAUCCGCUCCGGAAGGUGCCCUUCAACAUGUCCACCCUGGUCACCCAUCCACUCUUCCCUCCCGAGACCGACAAGACGCCUCGCACCCACUCGCCUCGAACGCUGGAAUGGAUCCGAAGGUCAGAAUCCUUUAGUGAUGUAGACAUUCCACCUUCGACUUCUUAUCCUUCGCCAGGACCGCUCCACGGCGUGCGGCGGAUAGCUUCCGACUCAAAUCCGUGGGCCAACAGAUUCAAUGUCGCGAUGGGGGAUGCUCAAGAGACGGAAAACAAACGACAUAGCCUAAACAGCGGAACUGCAUCCGAGAUCUCAGGCUUUUCCGACCGGGAGAAUGGGCAACAUGCUAUGUACGAAAGGGGUGAAUCGAUGCGGACCGCCUUGAAAGGCCCACGUACAGAGCGUAGCGUCAGUCGAGGCCGGACGCUUGUCGACAAGAGCAUUGAGGCGACGGUCAAGAAACCAGAAGCCGGGGGGAAUGCACGGAGCAGAAAGGCCAGCCAUAUGAUGGGUAUUUUUAACCCGAUGACCGGCUCUGAGUCUCCUGUACCAACUCUGGGUGACCAUUUCGAGCCACCCUCGCGACCUACGAGCCCCGCCGAGCAAGACACGGUAUCUCUGUGGGCAACACGUCGAUCUUCGAGAGAGCCGCUUGAUCCCCAAGCCUCUACACGAGAUGCCAGCCGUUCAACAAGUGUGUAUGGUUCUCAAACCGCCUCGCCGCUCAAGCAUGACCAUGAUCCAUAUUUCCGACAACAAGAUCUCGCUCAGCGGCCAGACCUGCAUGAGAGCAAAGUCUCAUACAAGGCUUCGCGUGCCUCAACUCCCGCUGACAACGCUGCAAGUGUGGACAAGGCAGAGGAUCAGCACCCCACUGAGGAGGAACACAUAUCGGCCGCCGUCUACUAUCCUCAUUCCGGUCCGUCGAUAGAAGAGAUCGAGCAAUACACUUCGCCCGGUGAAAUCAUCUCCCCAGCUUCCAAUGUUGCGCGGCAACUUCCAGCUUCAACGGAUGAAAUUGUGCUCUCCACUGACAACAAGGCUCACGAAGCCCUUGGAGCUACCGAGCAUAUCGACAUAUCUGUUGUCUCGCAACAUGAGAAGAAGAUCUUCCACGGAAAUUAUCGUCCGUUGGAUGAGGCAGCCAGAGAGGAGCCACCGCCCUUGUCACCGUUUUCAGAGGCUCCCACUACGGCGAUCGUCAGUACGUCCGAAUCGGAAUUCGAAUCUGGAGAUGAAGCUGGUCUCCAGAGUCAUCCGGAGGACGUGUCAACGACGCCCACCCAGCGGAGCACACUUUCUCGUAGGCCAACCGAUUCUCAAGCACCACCAAAGACGAAGGCCAAAGUUGUGCUUGAACCCUACAAGCAUCAAGUUGGUGGACAUUCAACCAUCUUCCGCUUUUCUCGUCGGGCCGUCUGUAAACAGCUGAAUAACAGGGAGAACGAAUUCUACGAACGAAUUGAGCAAAGGCACCCUGAUAUGCUCAAAUUCCUUCCAAGUAGAUAUAUCGGUGUUCUGAAUGUCACCUUUUCUAAACUCCCGAAGCAAGCGCAAGACCCAGAUGUCGGGUCAGACGAGAAGACAAAUCCCAGCCCAGACCAGGCGCAUGGUGCUGAGACAAAUGGCGCGUUGGACGCUGGGUCUGCGCCCGUUGUGUCGACCUCGGGGGAUCAUCCACGAAUAGUUAGCCACUCGAUCCAACAAAUUGGCAGCAUUCCCGAGGUCAUCCUUGAACAGAACAAACACAUAAUUCCUUCGAACUACUUUGCUCUGCCGGAGCGGCCAAAAAGUGCUGACCCAAACCAUGGCCGUAAGCGCAGCCGGGACUUUGACGCCACGGACUCUAUGGCACAGGACUCGCAAUUGCCGGAAAGCUCGCCCAGCAGACCGUCAAUGCCGGAACACUCCAACAGCUGGGGUCAUACCACCGUCAAUGAAGGCUUGAAGGACAAGAUUCUCCGCGAAGUCUUCGGUCCACCACCUGUCCAGUACUUUCGCCGCCAUCUACCUCCACAUAGUUCCUUUCCACGAGUCAAAGGCUCUCACACACGUCGACGCAGAAGUAAUCUCUCUGUCCAUUCGUUCCCUCAAACAGAGGUGAAAGAUCUGAGCCAAUCCGAUGGUCAACUUGAUGCUCCAAUGUCGAGCAACGAAGCGCCUCACAUGACCCCCCUCAGCGAAGCGGUGUCAAACACUGGUGAUACAGGCAGCAUCUAUUCUGCAUCCGUUUCGGCCACUGAUGACCUCAAAUACAACCUCGAGCAAGUCAGAACAACAGGCAGCGAGAUGUCCAGCGGAUCUGGCGCAGAAGGCAGGACUCAUAUCAAGAGACGUCAUUCCGGCAUGGGUUUGCGACGUAGGCGGCCGUCGGUGAACACAAAGGAGACUCCUGACCUCGAGUACUUUGAGGACGAAGCCUACACGACCGAUUUCGGACCUGAUACAGGGAACGAUGUCUUUGCAAUGGACCAGGAUCCGACGCAGUUCAAAGCCCAUGGGAUGCGCAGAGAACAAGAUCCGGCCACCAGCCGCUCAGCGAAAGACAAAUCCCGGCCGAAUGGAGCGGGAAACCGAGAGAACAACUCGAACAACCGCACCAGGGAGCAUUCUCAGACAAGCCUGAUACCUUCCAACCCGAAAGAGGCCCAAAAGACCUACACUGCUUCCGGAGAUCGAGUGAUGUUCUUCAUCCUGCUCGAGGAUCUCACCAGUGGCAUGGGACGACCCUGUGUACUCGAUCUGAAGAUGGGCACGAGACAAUUUGGUGUGGAAGCCAGCAGAAAGAAGAUGGAAUCUCAACGCAGCAAGUGCAAAUCAACGACCUCACAGCAAUUGGGUGUCCGAGUCUGUGGCAUGCAGACUUUCAAUGCGAGGACAGGAAAGGUCUCGUAUGAGGACAAAUAUUAUGGCCGGGACCUCAAAGCUGGACAACAGUUCAGGGAGGCUUUGACAAGGUUUCUUUACGACGGAGUCAGCUACGAUAGUGUGGCAAGGCAUAUCCCUACCAUCUUGCACAAACUCAACAAGCUGGAGAGCAUGGUGCGGAGGCUGCCCGGUUAUCGGUUCUACGCAAGCUCCUUACUCAUGCUGUAUGAUGCCGAGCCGUACAAGUCGCGUGAGGCGGAAGAGGCCGCGAAGAACGGCAUCGAUAUCGCCAAGCAAAAGCAAAAGGAAGGCAAGAAGUGGCCUCCUCCGAUCGACAUCAAGCUCGUGGACUUUGCAAACUGCGUCACCGGCGAAGACGAACUCCCUCCGCAUGCUCAAGCACCGCCUGCUCACCCGAAAGAUAUUGACCGAGGUUACCUGCGGGGCUUGAGAACCCUCAAGGCGUAUUUUGGACGGAUAUUAUCCGACAUCAGAAACAACCAGGUGCUAGAGACCCACGGGAGGGGCGAGCAUCCUACGGAAGAUGAAGCUUCCACCCAGCUUUCAAGUGGUAGCAACGGUUCAACAGAGGAGGAAGGUGAAGUCAGUGUUUGA